AUGCUGGCCUGGAUCCACCGGGUGGUUCCCCAGCCCCCGCUGCCCCAUGCCACGGAGGAGACAUCCCCAGCUCCAGUGCAGGACCCAGAGCCACCUGAGGCACCAAGAGGAAGAGCUGGAGGCCCUGAGGAUGCUGCUGAUCACACAAGAGCCAAAGAGCUGGAGAAGAAGGUGGGAUUUGCAGUCCCUGAGGAGCAGCAAGGCUCUGUCUUUCAGAGCACUGGGGGCAGUGUGCUCUCCUGGCUCUCCCAGGGGCUGGGGAAGGUGAUUCCUCAGCCAGCCCAGGCCCCAGAGACCCUGCAGAAGCUUGGGAAGAGCUUUGAGACAAGCAUUGAUGUUCCUGACCAGACAGAGGUCCAGAUGCUGAAGGAGGAGGAUGAGGAUGCUCUGGACAUAAGUCCCUUUGAUGCAGAGGAGGAGGAGGAGGAGGAAGAAGCAGAGGAGGAAUGUGAGGCUGGGCCAGCUGGUGGCACAGAGGAGUGGCUGGGGGCACGGGUGCUCAGCUGGCUGGCACAGGGCUUCGAGAGGGUGGUGCCACAGCCAGAGGCACUGCAAAAGGUGGAGCCAGAGCCAAAGGAGCAGAGGUGUGAAGCCACAGCAGGAGGUGAGCAAUUCCCCCUGCCCCGGGUGGCUCCUGCCGAGGGGACACAAUCACAGGCUGCUGGGGGGGGGACGGGACCUGUGGAGGUGAUCCAGCCCAACCCCCCUGCCAAGGCAGGGAUGUUUGGCUGGUUUGCCCAAGGGGUGCAGAAGGUGAUGCCACAGCCAGUGCCCAGGCAGAAGCAGGGCACACAGGGAGAGGCUGCAGCAACCUUGAGUCCCGUGGAAGAGAUUCACAUUGUCCCUGAGGAGCCUGACCUUGCCCUGGAAGAGCUUGCUGGUGGCUGGAUUAAUGAAGCCACAGGGGAGAUGGUGGCCUGGGGACAUGAGGCUGAGCUGCUGGCAGAUGCUGACCCCCUCCCCCCCAUACAGGAGGAACCUCAGGAAGAAGAAAACAGGCUGUGUUUGUGCUCCCUGAGUGCUGAGGAGGAAGAGGAAAAGGAGGGGGAGGAAGAGGAGGAGGAGAAGAAGGAAGAGGAGGAGGAGGAGGAGGUGGAGGAGAGCUCGGGUCGUGGGUUCGGCUGCGUUCGGAAGCCGGAGGGGCUGCGACAUCCCUCCGUGGACCAGCAGAGCUCCCCGGACUGCCCAGGGCUGGCUGCUGACGCGGUCCCUGGUGACAGCGCCGGGUGUCCCCUGGCGACACAGUUUCCACCUCCAUCGCAGUCGCCCGUGGCAACCGCAGCCCCUGGCCGUGCCCUCCCCAGCAACUCAGCCCAGCAGGAGCCCCCAGGCUGUGCCUGGCUCACCCCUCGCAGUGGCUCGACUGUGCAGGACACCCCCCCGCCCCCCCAGUUUGUGCCUUCAGCCGCAGCUGGGAGCUUCCAGCUCCCGGAGCUGGUCCCACCCCUGGCCCAGUCGCUUUGUCCCUCCACUGAUGAGGGUGUGGAUGAAAUAAGCAGUGCAGAGGAGACCCUCAGGAUUGAGCAGCUGGAAGAAGCUGGGAUAAGGGAUCCUGAAGGUGCUUUUGUCCAGCCUCGCAGACCGCUGGAAGAAGCCAGAGCAGGACGCUGCCUCCUGCCCCCAAGAGCCGGCAGCGGCAGGGCCCGCCCCAAGCCCUGCCCCGCACCAUCCCUGCGCCCCUCGGCGCGGCCGGAUCGCACGCCGCUAGAGCAGCUCCCCAACGUCCCCAGCUGCCGAGCCGCCGCUGCCUGCCGCCUCCCCACCUUCCUUCUCGCCAGCAAACCCAAGGCCGGGGUGCUCAACCCCAAUUUUUGCCACGAGGAGCAGCCCCCCUUAGGCAAUGACCCCUCCGUGGACACCAAGAACGUGGAGAGCAGAGGAGAUGCUGGUCAGAAGGAUGGUACCCACCUACUGCUGCCCCCCACCCCUGCUUCCAACAUGUUGGCAGUGCCCAGCAUGGCACCAGCAUCCCCCAGGAGAAGGCUGCUGGCUCCAGAGGAUGCUCUGGAGCAGGGAGCAGGGAGCCAGUUGGCUGCCCAAGUGCUGCUGGACUGGGACAAGGAGCAGAGGAAAAGCCUCCCCGAGCGCAUCGGCUCGGCCAGCAGCACCAGCAGCGCCCUCAUCAACAGCCGGCUCCAGGAGCUGGUGAAGCUCUUCAAAGAGAGGACUGAGAAGGUGAAGGAGAAGCUGACUGACCCUGAUGUCACCUCAGAUGAGGACAGCCCUGUGGCAUCCCCCACCAAAGCAGUGCUUGCAGCAGCGCCGCCUCCCCCAGGAGGGGCUCUGGAGGGGGACAAGGCAGCAGGAGCUGAGCACUACUGCCAGAUGCUGUGCUGCACCUUCAAGCACCCCCCCUGGCUGGAACACCUGAGGAGCUACCAGUUCCCCAGCAGCAUCGACCCUCUCACCAAUCUGAUGUAUGUGCUGUGGCUCUUCUUCGUCGUCCUGGCCUGGAACUGGAACUGCUGGCUGAUCCCCGUCCGCUGGGCUUUCCCCUACCAGACACCAGCAAACAUCCACCUCUGGCUGCUCAUGGACUACCUCUGUGACCUUGUCUACCUGCUGGACAUCCUCCUCUUCCAGACUCGACUGCAGUUUGUCCAAGGAGGAGACAUAAUAACAGAGAAGAAGGCCAUGAGGGAGCACUACCUAAGGUCACAGCGCUUCAAGAUGGAUCUCCUGUCCCUCCUGCCCCUGGAUUUCUUCUACUUCAAAGUGGGAGUCAACCCUCUCCUGCGCUUCCCUCGCUGCCUGAAGUACAUGGCCUUCUUUGAGUUCAACAACCGUCUGGAGGCUAUCCUGAGCAAGGCUUACAUCUACAGGGUGAUUCGGACCACUGCCUACCUGCUGUACAGCCUGCACGUCAACUCCUGCCUCUACUACUGGGCAUCAGCCUACGAAGGGCUGGGCUCUACCACCUGGGUCUAUGAUGGAGAAGGAAACAGCUACAUCCGCUGCUACUACUGGGCAGUCAAGACCCUGAUCACCAUCGGGGGCCUGCCAGACCCCAAGACCCUCUUUGAGAUCAUCUUCCAGCUGCUCAACUACUUCACAGGGGUGUUUGCCUUCUCUGUCAUGAUAGGGCAGAUGAGGGACGUGGUGGGCGCCGCCACCGCCGGGCAGACUUACUACAGGAGCUGCAUGGACAGCACCAUCAAAUACAUGAACUUCUACAGGAUCCCCAAAACCAUCCAGAACAGGGUGAAAACCUGGUAUGACUACACCUGGCACUCCCAAGGCAUGCUAGAUGAGUCAGAGCUGCUGGUGCAGCUGCCAGAUAAAAUGAGGCUGGACAUUGCCAUUGAUGUGAACUACAACAUUGUGAGCAGAGUGGCCCUCUUCCAGGGCUGUGACAGGCAGAUGAUCUUUGACAUGCUGAAGAGGCUCAGAUCCGUGGUCUACCUGCCUAAUGACUACGUCUGUAAGAAGGGAGAAAUUGGCCGUGAGAUGUACAUCAUCCAGGCAGGCCAGGUGCAGGUCCUGGGGGGACCUGAUGGCACAACAGUGCUGGUGACUCUGAAAGCUGGAUCUGUGUUUGGGGAAAUCAGCCUGCUGGCGGCUGGAGGGGGCAACCGGCGCACGGCCAACGUGGUGGCUCAUGGCUUUGCCAACCUCUUCAUCCUGGACAAGAAGGACCUGAAUGAGAUCUUGGUGCACUAUCCAGAGUCCCAGAAGCUGCUGAGGAAGAAGGCCAAGAAAAUGCUGAAGAACAACAAUAAGCCCAAAGAAGGGAAAGGAGCCCCUGGAGACUCCUUGAUCAUCCCCCCAAAACCUGAGACCCCGAAGCUGUUCCAGGCUGCCAUGGCUGCCACGGGCAAGCUGGGGGGCAAAGGGCCACUGGCACAGCUCCGCUGGAGGCUGAAGGAGCUGAAGGCCAUGCAGGGGGCACAGGGUCCCACCUCCAGCCCAGCACCACCCAAAUCCCCAGGGCACCAGAGACCACCUCUCACCUCCCACCAAGCUCCCCUGGGAGGAGCAAUAGUCUCCAAGUCUGCUGAUAAUUUAGUCACCAUCCAGGUGAUUUCUGCUGCUCAAGGGGAGGAAGAAAUCCUCACUGCUGAGAUUUCAGAGAAAGAAGAAGAAGAUAAAAAAGAGAAGUGA